AUGGUUCUACUGUCUGAUAAAUCACCCAUGUGCUCUACCAGUGACAGGGAAAUCUUCUUCCGCAAAUUCGAGCCAUCCUCAAGUGAGCUUUCUACCGAUUGCAACCUGGGUAGUCCCACCAGCACUUGGAAUGCGGCAUCAAGAGGGAAAGACAGACAUAUUCCUUGUCUGUACAAGCUCUGCGGUUGCAAAGCUCCUGAGCUCUCACUACUUCACAUCGAGCGGCAAAAGAUGGAAGCGCUUGGAACAGAAUCCUCUUUGGAUAUUCCCUGA